CAGGCAAAGCCAACAAAGUAGCAAAUGUGUUGAGUAUGAAGUCUUUUGGCACUGCCUCUAGCAUCCUUACCACCCAGAAGGAGUUACUUAAGGAUCUUGUGAAACUAGAUGUGGAGUUGAGAGUGGACAGUACUACAGCUUAUCUAGCAGCUCUCAGUGCACAACCGGCAUUAAUUGAUAGAAUUAAAGUUGCCCAACAAAAAGAUCCUUUCUUGCAAAGGCUGUGUGUACCAAGAGAUCAUGCUUUAAGGCGUGAGAUUAUGGGAGAUACCCAUAAUACUAGUUACACAAUUCACCUAGCACAUUUCUUACCUUAUCGAACUAGCGCAUCCAUUGAGAAGCUUGCCAAUAUGUACAUGAAUGAGAGAGUCAGGGUGCAUGGAGUCCUUGUGUCUAUUGUGUCAUAUAGAGAUACAAGAUUCUUAUCUCAUUUCUGGACAAGCUUGCAGCAGGCACUUGGUACUCAAUUAAAUUUCAGCACGGCCUUCCAUCCUCAAACUGACGGGCAAUCUGAGAGAACUAUUCAGAUACUGGCGGAUAUGUUGAGGGCUUGUGUUCUAGAUUGGAAGGAGGUAGGCGAGAGAAGCAUUUUGGACCCAGAAUUGGUGCAACAGUCUUCUGAGAUUGUGCAAUUGAUCAAGGAAGGCCUUCGUGCUGCACAGAGCAGGUGUCAUCCACUUGAGGUGUCCUUAGGUGUUCAUGAUGUGUUCCAUGUGUCAUUACUUCGGAAGUAUAUUCCCAACCCGAGCCACAUCAUUGAUUCCGAACCCAUUCAACUUCGAGAAGAUCUCACUUAUGAUGAGCACCCGAUCCAUAUUUUAGAUUUCAAGGAGAGGGAAAUGCAAAGAAGGACUAUUUGUUUUGUUAAGCCGCGUGUUCUACUCUUCUUCUUCUUAUCCCCUGCACCGAACAAGGAACCCAAGCCCGACAACAUCACCCACUUGAAAAACCGAAAUUUCCAGAUCUGCUCUGAUUUGUUCCUUCUGUCCGUGCUUCGCUGUGUGUGUGGGUGUGAAUUUUCCAAAUUUCUGAUCCCAAAAAUUUCCCCUACACUUCUGUUGGCUUCCCUCAACCUGCAGCUCCGUUUUGCUUGCUGAAAAUUCUGGCUACCCAUAUUUUUACUUAUUGAGAUAUCUUAUCUCAUAGUUUUCCUUGUCCACCAUUUCAGAAAGUGAAAGCCAAGGCAUGGUUAACCAGGGAGAGUGAUGAGCUAGACGGCUAGUCAGUAUUGUGAACUUAGAUUCUUUUUGGGCUUAGGCCAUUAGCCACACAUGCUUGUCAUAGAUAUGAAAUGACAAAUCAUUUUUGUAUACUGAGUUUCCCUUGGUUAUAGCCAUGACUGUUUUAUAAACUUUUGUACAUCUG